AAUUCGGAUCGAAUGCUAUAGGCUGGAAAAUAGACUGACUGGAGUCCAUACAUCAGGAGAACUUAAGUAUUGUAACGAAUGUAUUGAAUUUGUUUUGUUCCGUUUAGUAAAUGAACUUGAUGAAUGUUCAUUUGCGUUAUUAUUUUUGGAAUUUCCAUGCUAUAUGAUGAAAGUGCUACGAUAACUUUGCUCAACUACAGAUAGCGACAACAUGAGCGACAAACACAGUGGAGGAGGAUUCCUGGAUCGACUGAAAUCCACGAAGAAACCUAAAGGGAAAACCAAACCCGAUAAAUCGAGCAGCAACUACAAGCCUCGUUUAGCAUCGUCUAAGGAAGAGGAUCCUGCUGGAAAUGAAGAAGUCAAGGAUGAUAAUGGACUCGGACUCGGUGGUGAUCAAUUUGAUGUAAAGUUUGAAAUGAUGUUGGAUGAGAUGAAUCUGUCAGAGAACUUGAGAAUUCCAAUACGAAACAGAGAUAAAGCUAUCAAAAUGGAUAUGUUGGUUCAAUUUAUGUCAAAACAGAGUGUCCCCUCACAAGGACUGGAAACACCUACAGAUUAUAUAGAAGAACUACGAAGAACUGAUAUCUCAUCUGAACAUCUUCUUCGUUCUUUGCGUUCAACACGUGUCUCGCUAACUGGAAGACCUCUUGGAUGGAUCCAGGCUUUUGGAGAGACGGGAAUGAAUUUGUUGUUAAAGCACCUCAGAGAACAUAGAGUAAAAACUGGUCCAAUUCAUCAUAAAAUUCAGCAUGAAAUUAUCAAGUGCUUGAAAGCUUUUAUGAAUAACAAUUUUGGUUUGAACUUGAUGAUGAAAAGUGAAGAUGGUCUGCUGUUAAUUGCAAAGUCAAUGUAUCCUGAAGAUCCGAGCAUGAUGACUGAUGUUGUUAAACUUAUGGCCGCUCUUUGUUUAGUUGAUCAUUCCAAAGCACUUCAAGUAAUGACUAUAUAUGGUGAAAGUGAAGAAAACGAGAAGCGAGGAAGAUUUUUUAAAGUUUUGUUCGCUCUGAAGGACAGUGAUAGUGUUCAACUUAAGGUUGCUUGUGUUCAGUUCAUAAAUGCUCUCGUCAGCAAGCCAGAUGAUUUAGAUUUCAGACUUCAUUUGAGAAAUGAAUUUUUACGUGGUGGAUUAACCGAAGUCCUAAAGGAUCUUCGUGACGUUGGUAAUGAUGAGCUCAAUGUACAACUGGACAUUUUUGAGGAACAUAAAGAAGAUGACUUUCUUGAACUGUCUCACAGAUUGACAGAUAUUCAAGUCAAUUUUGAAGAGCCAUCGGAAUUAUUUCAGAUGUUGACCAGCAUAACAAAAGACAGUGUUUCCGAGAAUGCUUUCAUCUCAAUCUUACAACAUUUACUUCUCAUCCGAGAUGAUGUUUAUGCGAGGACACAAUAUUUUAAUCUAAUUGAAGAAUGUGUUAGUCAGAUUGUGCUUCAUAAAAGUGGCGUCGAUCCAGAUUUUGCAACGAAGAGAUUUCAAAUUGAUGUCGAAAGCCUAAUAGAUAACAUGGUGAAUAAAGCAAAGUUGAUUGAAUAUAUGGAUAAAGCAACUUCACUCGAGACUAAGCUUGAGUUGGAGACAACUCUACGUCAAGAAACUGAGGCAAAAUUUAAUUUAGCCACAAGUAAUCUGGAAAAGAAAGUUGCUGGUCUUGAAAAAGAAAACGCAGAAUUAAAAGCGAGACCUCCAGUGGUAGUUGCAGCUCCAGCAUCUAGUGCACCCGGAGUACCACAACCUCCAGCACCUGGAGGUGUUCCUCCCCCUCCCCCACCUCCUGGUGGAGUACCACCACCACCUCCGCCUCCUGGUGGAGUACCUCCUCCACCUCCUCCUCCUGGCGGAAUACCAGCUCCUCCACCUCCUCCCGGUGGAGUUCCUCCCCCACCGCCGCCUCCAGGUGGUGUACCACCACCACCACCGCUCCCUGGUGGAGUUCCUCCUCCUCCGCCUCCCCCUGGUGGAGUUCCUCCUCCUCCUCCACCGCCUGGUGGAGGACCGCCACCUCCCCCUGGUGCUGGCCCUCCACCACCUCCAGGUAUGCCUAUGUUCAACAGAGGUCCUCAGUUGCCACCAGGAGUUGAACCGAAAAAGAAGUAUAAACCUGAGAUUCAAACUAAAAGAGCUAACUGGACCAAGAUCAAAAACCAGAAUAUAAAAGAAAAUUCAUUUUGGGCGAAAGCAAAAGAAGAUAAGUUUGAAAAAAAUGAAGUAUUUGAAGCUUUAUCAAAAACUUUUGCUGCCAAAGUUUUUACACCAAAAACCAAGGAUAAAGAUGAUGCUGGAAACACUCCAGCUAAAAGCAGCAAAAAGAAAACCAGGGAUUUAAAAGUUCUCGAUCCAAAAAGUGCACAAAACUUAUCCAUAUUUUUGGGUUCGCAGAAAACAUCUUUCGAAAAUUUCAGAAAGAUGAUCUUAAAUUGUGAUGAGAACCUGAAGGAGAGUGCUAUUGAAGCAUUGCUGCGAUAUCUUCCUAGUGCAGCUGAGUUAAAGAAACUGGGUGGUAUGAAAGAUAAGUACGAUGAACUAAGUGAAGCUGAGCAGUUUGCGUGCACUAUGAGCAGCGUAAAAAAACUGGAAUCUCGGUUGAAAUUGUUAUUAGUCAAGAAAAAAUUUCCUGAAGAUGUUCAGGAUAUUAAACCUAAUAUUGUAAAUGCUACUGCCGCAUGCCGGGAAGUGAGGACAAGUCAAAAGUUUUCCAAGUUCUUAGAGGUUGUUUUGAUGGUGGGAAAUUAUAUGAAUGCUGGCUCAAAGAAUGAACAAACGAUUGGAUUUGAAAUGGCGUUUUUAACCAAGUUAAGUUCGACCAAGUCAGUUGAUGGCAAACUUACUCUUUUGCAUUUCUUGGAAGAAGUGAUAUCAUCUAACUAUCCAGAUGUUGCUGGUUUUGAGACAGAAAUCAAUCACGUCGAAGCAGCGGCAAGAGUCUCCCAGGAUGUCCUGCAGAAAGCCACGAAGUUAAUGGAAGGAAAUUUAUCAAAAUUAGAGCGGGAAUUAGAGAACUCGGGAGAAGCAAAUGACCCAGAAGAUAAAUUUAAAGAAGUCAUGUCGGAAUUUUACAAUCAAGCAAAAGAUCAGUGCGAAUUGUUGGUAGAAAUGUUUAACAAUAUGACUAAUAUGUUCAAAGAAUUAGGAGAUUUUUAUUGCUUUGAUCUAAAGAAAACACAACUAGAAGAUUUCUUUGGGGAUUUAAGUUCAUUUUUACAACAAUAUGAAAAUGCUAAGAAAGAUAAUGUCAAAAGAAAAGAACGAGAAGAGAAAGAGAGGAAGGCAAAAGAACGAGCUGAAAUGGAGAAAGAGAGGAAGAAGAGAAUGGAGGCAGAGAAAGCUAACAGAAGUAAAAAUAUCGUAGAUAUAUCAUCAGAGAAUCAAGAAGGUGUUCUCGAUGGGCUGAUGGAAGCCUUGAAGACGGGAAGUGCUUUCAGAGAUCCUUCAAGACCUGCAAGAAAAAAGAAAGAGAGACGAGCACGACAAGCUCCUGCUUCGUUGCAACGUUCAGGGACGCGAACAAAUAUUCCAGUUCAAGAGAUGUUAAAAGAAGAAGCAAUGAAAAAUGUCAAAGAGGAAGAGAAAGAGGAUAACUCGCCGGUGAAAAAACCUCCUCCUGGAGCUAUUAAAAUGCCGGGAGCUGAUUUUCUUGCUGGAGCUUUAAAUAAGAAGGAAAAGGAGGACAAAGACGAAGCUAAUGCUUUGCUUGAUGAACUUAAAGCAAUGUGAAAACGAAAUAAUCCAUGUAAUAAAUGAAAUAAACUUCUGUAUUAUAUUGCUUCAAGCUAUGACACAAUCCAGCAAAGCUAAAAAUUAAAUCUUAGUCAGAUAUUUUAUAGUGUGAGCCUUGAAUUGCUUGAGUUGCAGAAUAUAUAAAUAGAAGCGAACCUUUGUAUAGUCUAUUUUUGGAGGAUGAAAUGAGGUCUACAAACCAAACACGAGUAGAAAACAUUGAAUGAAUAAUAUCUAAAAUGGUAAACAGUGUGAUUAAUCUUCUACAUUCCCAAUCAUUACACAAUCAUUAGUUUUUGUAGAAAUUAUCCUGUUAUAAAUUGUGAAAAUGAAAUGUGUGAUUUUAUUUUAUAUUA